AGCAUCAGAUGAAUGCUUAUCAGCACGAUAACAGACGCCAGGCAGCGCGAUUUGCCGGAUUCCUUAUCGGCCAAUUGACAUCAAUGUGGUCCAGUUGACUCAAAUAUCAAAAACAAUGACUUGUUUACUUGCCUAUAACAUAAUUGAGAAGGGUAACGAUGGAGAUGUUCUUUGGUCAUGGGCCUUCCCCAGCUUAAAAGAUGAACAGAGGAAAUACAUAGAGGAUAAGUGUCAUUUGAGCGAUCUGAAAUUUUCGCUUUACGGCAAGUUCAAGAACUGGUUUUACAUCCAUGUUACGGAAUGCAAUCAGGCGAUCCUGCCGAAUAUUGAGAACAUCGGCAUUGUAGUUUGGGCGAAGGAUUUCAAGCCAGAUCAGUACCUGAAACUUGCGUCUUUGUUAAGCAGGGUCUAUAACGAAUCAGGUGAUCCGACUAAAGUGCUUCAAUUUUAUUUAAGUGUGGUGACAAAAGACAUCACUCCAAACAAUAAUGGGUCACUGUUAUUUAAAGAAUUUUGUUCCCAGAAAACUUCUAAGUCUUCAAGAAUCAAAGAGCUUAUUAAAAUGUUUGGUUUAGAAGUAAUUUUGAUUUACAAUACUCUUUUACUUGAGAAAAGGCUGAUCGUUUACCACCAUUCACUCCCAGUAUUGUUGGAGUGGUUGAAGUCAUUCCCUUAUUUUAUCGCACAUCGUAAAAUAGAUGACCACUUGAUCCCUUGGUUUGAAGUAAAUGAUCAAGACAUUUCAGAACUAAGGUCUCGGAGAAAUUACAUCGCUGGGUGUUGUGAUAACUCAGUAUUCUUGAGGAGUGAUCUUUAUGAUGUACUUGUCAAUUUGCCGGCUAAGGAAAUCACAAUCUCCCCUCAAUCAAAAGAUAAAUUACCCGUGACAAAAACCCAUAAAGAUAUUGCUCUUUUCAUGGAGCAGUUAGCAGAUAGUGAAAUGGAUGAGGAGAAGGUUGUUAGUUCGAUAACAGCUAAAACUAAGGAGCUUAUUAGUCUUAUCAGAUCCAUGUCUGUCAAAGGUGAAGACAUGAGGGAUUACAUUUCACUUGAAAAGAUCAAAGAAAGGAACUUUUCUCCUGUAAUGGAAAAUUUCAUAGUCCAACUAGCUUCCACAGAGAAUAUUUAUUUUUCAAACAAUUGAAAUAAAACAUUUGUACAACUCA